GCUGCUCGCUUACCGCCUCAGUGUAGAGACGAAAACUGUCGCUGGAGAGCGAAGAAGAGGAGAGAGGUGAAAAAAGCAGUGAAAUGGUGUAAAAGCUGAGCGAGUCCGACCCGAGUCCGGGGACAAACGAGGAGGGACGACGCAGGAGGAUUAUUGUUCUUUGUAAAAUUAUUAUUAAAGUCAGUAAACUCCCGCUUUUUGAUGCUGUCCUCACGGAGGUUUGAGCCAAUAACGGACUUAUUGGUCGGCUGAACCAUGCAGAGGCUGCUGCUCCUGAGUUUGGUGUUGAGUUUUCAAACUGUGUGGACAGCGAGGUUCUCUCAGGAGCCGGCAGACCAGUCGGUGGUGCGGGGCCAGAGGGUGAUCCUGUCCUGUGUUGUCUUCAACUACUCAGGCAUUGUUCAGUGGACCAAAGAUGGCCUGGCUCUGGGCAUCGGAGAGGACCUCCGGGCCUGGCCCAGGUACCGUGUGCUGCGUGUGCAGGAGCUGGGCCAGUACAACCUGGAGAUCCUGUCAGCUGAUCUGUCUGAUGACUCUCUGUACGAGUGCCAGGCCCCUGAUGCUGCCCUGAGGUCCAGGAGGGCCAAACUCACCGUCCUCAUCCCUCCAGACGACCCGGUGAUCGAUGGAGGGCCAGAGGUGUUGCUGAAUGCGGGGGAGUCCUACAACCUGAGCUGUGUGUCUCGAGGGGCUAAACCGCCUUCUAUGAUCGAGUGGCUAAAAGAUGGUCUGCCUGUGGAGGGGGCUGCCAGUACCACUGAGGUGCUUCCAGACAGGAAGAGGGUGACCACACAUAGCUACCUGCCCAUCCAGCCCGUCGACACCGACACUGGGCGGAACUACAGCUGUGUGGCCACCAACCUGGCUGUUCCCACUGGCAAAAGCACAACUGUCACCCUCAACGUACAUCAUCCACCGACAGUGACCUUGUCCAUUGAGCCUCGCUCUGUCCUGGAGGGGGACAGAGUCACCUUCACCUGCCAGGCUCACGCCAACCCUCCUAUUAUGGGCUACAGGUGGGCUAAGGGGGGCGUGGUGCUGCAGGGUGCCAGGGAGAGUGUGUUCACCACCAAGGCCGACCACUCCUUCUUCACCGAGCCUGUCUCCUGUCUGGUUUUCAAUGCUGUGGGAAAGACCAACGUCAGCAUCCUGGUGGACGUCCACUUCGGUCCAAUUCUGUUGGUGGAGCCGCAGCCAAAAACAGUAGACAUUGACUCUGAUGUCACCCUGAACUGCAAAUGGGCUGGAAACCCUCCACUCACACUCACCUGGUUCAAAAAGGGUUCAAACAUGGAAACAUCAGGAGAGAGAGAGAGAGAGACAGAGAGAGAGAGAGAGGUUCUGAGUAACAGCAACCAGCUGUAUCUGAAGUCGGUGAGCCAAGCGGAUGCUGGCCAGUAUGUAUGUAAGGCCAUCGUCCCACGGAUUGGAGUAGGAGAGACUGAGGUCACGCUCACCGUCAACGGUCCUCCCAUCAUCUCCAGUGAUCCAGUCCAGCAUGCAGUGAGGGGGGAGAGAGGAGAGGUGAAAUGCUACAUAGCCAGUACACCUCCGCCAGAUAAGAUUGUGUGGGCGUGGAAGGAGAACGUGUGGGAGAAGGAGAAGGGGACGCUGCUGGAGAGGUACACGGUGGAGCAGAGCAAACCAUCAGCCGAGGGCGGCGGCGUCCUCUCCACCCUCACCAUCAACAACGUGAUGGAGUCUGACUUCCUGUCCACCUACAACUGUACGGCCUGGAACUCAUUUGGCCCCGGCACCAUGAUCAUCGCACUGGAGGAGACUGAGGAAGUCCCGGUGGGUAUAAUAGCUGGUGGGACAGUGGGCUCUACCAUCCUCUUAUUCAUCUUUCUGCUGGUCCUCGUUCUUAUCUUCUACCGGCAGCGCAAAGGCAGUCGACGCGGGGUCACGCUGGGUAAGCCCGAUAUCAAGGUGGAGACGAUAAACAAGGAGACCCACAGCUUAGAGGAGGACUCCGGCAGCGUGUCCACGGCCUCGCGCAUGGUCAAGGCCAUGUACUCGUUUCUCCCCUCUGUGUCCUUCUCUCCCUCCAAUCAGCCCUUUAAAGAUGACAUAGAGCUCAAGUCUGACCUCCGCAGCGACACCCUGGACACCCGCCAGGAGUAUGACCUAAAGGACCCCACCAAUGGCUACUACAACGUGCGAGCCUCCACCCACGAUGAAGGUCGCCCUGCCUCCCGCUCCACCAUGCACUACUCUGACUACCGCUCCCCUGCAGGAACACCAGGGGGAGCUGCAUCUAUUAGCAGCAGCGCCGGCGGCUCAGGAGCCACGGCCAGCGGAGGAGCCCCUGGUCCCCCUGGCCCCCUCACCUCCCCUGGCCGCCCCCAGGCCUGCUACGACCCCCGGCCCCCCUCCAGACUGUCCCACAUCAGCUACGCCCAGUUUAACACCUUCACUCGUGGCGGCCAGAGCCAGCAGCCCCCCGCUAACCCCCCCCCUGUGGCCAGCGACUUCCCGGGGGACUGCAGCCUCCUGGACUCCACUUCCCAGCUGGCCUAUGACAACUACGGAUACCCUUCGCAUUACCAGACCUACCGCAUGGGUUUCGCCCCGUCCAGCCUGGCCCCUCUGGAGGCUGGCCCAUCCUAUGAAAUGUACGGGGUGGGAUCUGGGGUGGGAUCCGGUGUGGGGGGCCCUGGGGUCGGCGUGGGUCCCGUGGGUCCCGUGGGUCCUGUGGUUCCCGGGGGUCCUGCUCCCUCGGGAUCAGAGACUGGACUUGGGAAGUACGGCAGCUCCACUCGCUUCUCCUACACCUCGCAACACUCUGACUACUCCCACAGCCGACACACACAGAGGAUGCAGACUCACGUGUGAGAGACGCAUAAACACCUCACAGUCUUAGCAGAGCAUGAGGAAGCAUCUUAUAAAUAGUGUCACACCUAAAAACACACACAAUCAUAGAUUUACACACACAUGUUCACACACACUGACACGAACAUGCCCUACUGAACACAAACAAGACUACAGAACACAAAAAAACAUCACACACACACACACACCCAUGCACAGAGUCAGAAGACCAUGCCCAUGAGACAGGGAGGGUAUGAGAAACACACAGAGAGAGAAAAAGAGACGAGUGGAAAAGGAGUUUUAGUGAGACAGGGAAGGGAAAUUCCACACAGUUUUGAAUUCCCUCACUCCCAAUGUGUUUAUCCGAGCUCUGAAAGAGCGGACGGCGCAAGUCACAAUCAAGACUGGGAAAGAGAGCAAGAACCAGAGAGAGGACGAGAGAUCACAGAUCUUUGGAGACCUAUAGCUUUUGCUAUGAACUGACUUUGUAAAUGAUGGGAGAGAACGUCUUAAGGCAAAACUGACUGACUGUCAAAUAUGGUACACGCUGAUCGGGAGAAACCUCAACCAGUGGAAGUCAUUUCUGGCCGCCGUUUUUUAACUUUUUUUGCUGGUUGUCUUAUUCAAUGAUCAUAGAGCACAUAUAUAUAGUAUUCCAAAAUGCCCUUCUGUAUAGUGGUACAUGCCAUCAUGCCAGGCGGCAUGGGGUGGGGUGGGGGGUGUUGGGGCUAGGGUGGGGUUGGGAGGGUUGUCAUCAUUUUGCACUGCAUCAACAGUAUUCAUGCUUAGACGUCCCUUAUCUAUAUCUGUGUAAUGUCUUCUUUUUAUUUGCACACCAGACUAGAGCUUUGUAUUCUAUUUUUUAACAUUACAGAAUUAUUUUUGUCAAUGUAAACAUGUAAUGUGUAUGUAUGGACCAAAAGUUUGAACGUGAGCGCACAUAACUCGAGCGUUUGCCUGGGUGAUUCCACUGAGACAGAGUGAAGAGUUGUGCCAACAGCAGAGCCUGAAUUCAGGACUCAUUUCACAUCAGAAGGGUAUAUCAGUGUAUAAAAGAAACCUAGUGCCAAGUGUUCAUGUUGUUCUUCACCUUAGACCAUGUAUAUGCAGUAGAAGCUCCUUCUAUUGGUGACUGUUGCUUUACAAACCAGGCUCGGGGCCUUGUGUCAUUCCCAGAUAUUUUCAUAGGCUGGAGCCUUUUUCUCUGAGCUCUUAUCUACAAGCCUGGUGCAGACAGAGAGAAAAAACACAGAUGUUGUUGGGUUUAGAACUGAGUGGCCUUAUAGGGGAACAUGUCGUAUAUUUCCAUUUUGAAUCAUUCCUCAUCGUCUGUCUGCCAAAAUGGCCAGAGGAGAAUGUGUAUGGAGAGGUUCAAUGAAGGCUUGUUCACAAUAUUGACAUGUGGUAGUGUAUGACUGUGAGUGUGUGGGUGUGCGAGUGUGUGUGAGAGAGAGAAAGAGAGAGUCCAAGAAGGAGUGUGUGGGCGUUGGCGCGAACAUUGAUUUGUACAGUGUGUUUGUAUAGAUGUGUAAAUGACUGCGUGUGUAUGGGAAGCAUACUGUAAACAUGCAGCGCACGACUCGAGUGUGCGCGCGACUAUUGUAUGCAUGUCAGUGUGUAUACAGUAUGUAUGUGUGUGUCUGUGUGUGUGCAUGUCUGUGUCUAAGUGUGCGGGUGUGUGUUUCAGUAUAUGUCCAUAUCAUUUCUCUCACAAUCCUGUUACAGUACUUUUAUACCUCUGGUAGGACUGUAUCCUGUAUUACUGUGUCUUUGAAUUUAGAAAAAUCCAAUGUUUAUCUUAUUGUACUGUUCUUCGUAGCAGAGAAAACUGUUCAAAUGAUGUACAAUGAACGUUAUCAAACUCUCAUUUUUUAAUUUCAUUAUCUUCAAUAUUUUUAAAAAAUGGUAUGUAAUUAUUUUUCCACAGUAUUACAUAAAUAAAAGCACUGUUUUUUAUAAAACGCA